CCAAUACUGAACCCAUAUUUCGAAGCAGAAGUCCGAGGCGAAGCCUCGAACGUCACACCCUACGUCAUUUCGCCAACGUGAAUCCUACUCGAAGCGGAGCUUCGCUGGGGGAGGAGCCGAGAUACUCGACACACGCCUCGAUGCCUCGACGCAAAACGUAACAUCACUACUGACAAACACAGAUAGCAUAAACUCAGCAAAAAGGUGAGUUUUGAGGAAACUGUAGCCAUCUCUGUGUAUCGCUGCAUUUGACAGUUCCUUGGUUGUUGAUUUCACGGGCGCUCCUUGUCAACUACUUAAAGCUAAUGGUGUGAAGCUAGCCUGUCCGUAAGACUACCAAAGCAUUUAAGUCUGCCUUAAGACGUCCAUAGCCCUCCAAUAGCCCGCCAUGCAUGUUCUUGAUGACACACUUGGCAUAAUCUACGCUCGUACUACCUGGUCAAAGUGUGUAUAAUGCCACACGUGGGAUACGAUGCGAUGCUAUAGUGAGCUGUCUCAGUAGAUCGAUGGCAUAAUAGGAACUCCGUGUUGAAGUGUUACUGAGCAGAAAUUAGAUAAGCGAUUGUUGGCAUGAAAAGCGGCACUAUAACGGAUAGUAGGAAGUAAAGUUCGUAAUAUCCUAACGCUAACCAAUGGUUGAGUCUAUUCUGUAUACUUAAUUUCCAAUUCACUGUGAUUAUGGUCAACUGGCUUGAUCUCCUAUAAAUUCCCGUCCAACGUUUAGAUGCAUGCGUGGUAAUGCCUACUUGCAUGCGUGGUACUCUGUCCUACCAGUGCGACAGACGACCCUGUGGAAAUGCCUCUAAGCAUGAAGUGUGUGAGUGGCGGGUGCGGGCCGGGACAGGUGCCUUUAUCUGAGCAAGGUGAGCCUCCUCCGGUAGCAGAGGAAAUGGAUCCGCUCGGGGCUGGUGCUGGAGCAGCAAGAGUUGUGCAUUCUGACAUGGGAGACCCCGGUAUCGUCAAAUCUCCCAGUGACCCCAAGAAGUACAGGUACAUCCAGCUGGCCAAUGGCCUGCGGGCGCUGCUCAUCUCAGAGCUGGAGGACGGGGAGUGGGGGGGCACGGCAGCGGAGGCUGAUCGAGAUUAUGAGGAGGAGGAGGAGGCGACGGCGGAGCCGCGGCAGGAGGACGAUGAGGGUGACUCGGGAGAGGGGACGGAGGAAGAAGAGGAAAAGGAAGAGGAGGAGGUGGACAGCGACUUUGAGGAGCUGAACGAGGAGAAGGAAGCAGGGAAGAGGGCGAGCAGUGAGAAGCAGUCAGCAGCUGCUCUAUGUAUUGCCGUCGGAAGUUUCAGCGAUCCGGAAGACCUAGCAGGCCUGGCCCACUUCCUAGAGCACAUGGUGUUCAUGGGCAGUGAGAAGUACCCCGCUGAGAACGGCUUUGAUGCAUUCCUCAAGAAGCACGGGGGCAGCGAUAACGCCUCCACCGACUGUGAGAGGACCAUUUUCCAGUUUGAUGUCCAGAGGAAGUACUUCAGACAAGCGCUGGACAGGUGGGCUCAGUUCUUCAUCUGCCCUCUGAUGAUUGAGGACGCCAUCGAGAGAGAGGUGGAGGCAGUGGACAGUGAGUACCAGUUGGCUCGUCCGUCAGAUUCUCACCGAAAGGAGAUGCUGUUCGGCAGCCUGGCCAAGCCGGGUCACCCCAUGGCCAAGUUCGGCUGGGGCAACGCCCAGACUUUAAAACAAGAGCCCAAAGAGAAACAGAUCAACACCUAUCAGCGGCUCAGAGAUUUCUGGAAACGCUUCUACUCCGCCCACUACAUGACCCUGACCGUCCAAUCAAAAGAGACCCUGGACACGCUGGAGGAGUGGGUGAGGGAGAUCUUUGACAAGGUGCCCAACAACGGUAAACCCAAGCCAGACUUCUCUCAUCUCCAGGAGCCCUUCGAGACCCCAGCGUUUAACAAGAUGUACAGGGUGGUCCCGGUGAGGAAGGUGCAUGGGCUCACCCUCAGCUGGGCCGUGCCCCCCCAGGCCCGUCACUACAGAGUGAAACCCCUUCACUACAUCUCAUGGCUGAUUGGCCACGAGGGGAAGGGCAGCAUCCUGUCAGUGCUCAGGAAGAAGUGCUGGGCCCUGGCUCUGUUUGGAGGUAACAAUGAAACAGGUUUUGACCAGAACUCCACCUACUCCAUCUUCUCCAUCUCCAUCACCCUGACAGACCAGGGCUUCCAAAAUGUCUAUGAGGUGGUUCACUUAGUGUUUCAAUACAUGAAGAUGCUGCAGACCCUCGGACCACAGCAGAGGAUCUAUGAGGAAAUCCAGAAGAUUGAAGCAAAUGAGUUCCACUAUCAGGAACAGACGGAUCCCAUCAUGUAUGUGGAGAACAUCUGUGAGAACAUGCAGCUGUUUCCCAAGGAGGACUUCUUGACUGGAGACCAGCUUAUGUUUGAGUACAACCCCCAGGUGAUUAGUGAGGCCCUCAGAUGGUUGACUCCAGAAAGGGCUAACCUGCUGCUGCUGUCCCCGGAACACGAGGGCAACUGUCCCCUCAGGGAGCGCUGGUUCACCACCAGCUACAGCAUAGAGGACAUCCCAGAGGAGUGGGCAGGGCGCUGGAAAAAAGAACUUGCAUUGAACUCAGACCUCCACCUACCAGAAGAAAACAAGUUCAUUGCAACAGACUUUGAGCUGAGAUCGCUGGACUGUCCCGACAGCGAGUUUCCCGUCAAAAUCUCCAGCAGCGACAGAGGUUGUCUCUGGUACAAAAAGGACAACAAGUUCAAGAUCCCUAAAGCAUAUGUCCGUUUCCACCUGGUGUCCCCGGUCAUUCAGAAGAGCCCCAAGAGCCUGGUCCUGUUCGACCUGUUUGUCAACAUCCUCGCCCACAACCUGGCCGAGCCCGCCUACCAGGCCCAGGUGGCCCAGCUGGAAUACAAGCUUGUGGCUGCAGAGCACGGCCUGCUGCUCAGGCUCAAGGGCUUCAACCACAAGCUGCCGCUGCUGUUGGAGCUCCUCGUGGACCACCUGGCGGACUUCAUCGUAGAAGAAGAGGUCUUCUCUAUGUUCUUCCAGCAGAUGAAGAAGACCUACUUCAACAUCCUCAUCAACCCAGAGCGCCUGGCCAGAGACGUGCGUCUGCUGGUUCUGGAGCCCAGCCGCUGGUCCCUUGUACAGAAGUACCAGGCCCUGGUGGAGGGGGUGAGCGUGGAGGACCUGCUGGCCUUCAGCAGAGAGCUGAAGGAGCAGCUGUACGCUGAGGGUCUGGUGCAGGGAAACCUCACCAGCACGGAGUCCAAACAGAUCCUGCAGUACUUAACAAACAAGCUGCAGUUCCACCCGCUGGCAAUAGAGGUCCCUGUGCUGUUCCGCGUGCUGGAGAUCCCCGAGAAACAUCACCUGUGUAAGAUAAAGUCCUUCAACAAGGGAGAUGCCAACUCUGAGGUCACCGUAUACUACCAGUCUGGAUUGAAGAACCUACGUGAACAUACUCUGAUGGAGCUGCUGGUGAUGCACAUGGAGGAGCCUUGCUUUGACUUCCUGAGGACUAAAGAGAUGCUAGGGUAUCAGGUGUACCCCAGCUGCAGGAACACCUCUGGAGUACUUGGCUACUCGGUCACUGUUGAAACGCAGGCCACAAAGUACAGCACUGACUUCGUGGAGGGUAAGAUUGAGGAGUUCCUGGCGGGUUUUGGUGAAAAAAUGGCGUCGCUGAGCGAGGAGGCCUUUAAGACCCAGGUGACGGCGCUGGUGAAGCUGAAGGAGUGCGAGGACUCUCAUCUGGGGGAGGAGGUGGACAGACACUGGUUUGAGGUCUUCACCCAGCAGUACGUCUUCCACCGGCUGCAUAAAGAGAUCGAAGCCUUGAAACUCAUCACCAAGGAGGAGCUGAUCUCCUGGUUCAGAGAACAUCACUGUGACGCCAGCAGGAAGCUCAGCGUGCAUGUGGUGGGCUUUGGAGAAACUGAGGGCGACCUAGCACAGCCAGCCGGGUGUGGCCGUCAGGCCGACGCCCCCUCCAUGUACGGCGAGGUUUCCCAGCUCACCUUCCUCCCUGCCACCUCGCCGCUGAAGGAUACCACCACUAUGAUCAUGGAUAUCCGCGCAUUCACCUCCGCCCUGCCCCUGCACCCCUACCAUAAGAUCCUCCACUAGCUACGCCCUUUAACCACCAGCCACACCUCUCCACUCCUACAACAAUAUCCUCCAAUAGCCACACCCCUAACUGCAAAAAUAUAUAUUAUUCAUGCCCCAACUGCAAGAUCCUCCACAACCCAGCCCCCUAAUGACAUGAUCAUCGAUAAGCCCUUCCCCAAGCCACAACCAACAGCCUGAUUGCAAUAUCCUUUACUAAUCAUGCCCUCAAAUCACACCCACAACCUAUCGCUCUUCCUCAAGCCACACACCCUAACCUCAAUCCUCUGCAGCCCCUCAUUUAAUUGGCAACUAGGCACUUGUUUCAAUAAUAAUAAAUCACAAUCAGUAAUCACAAACUACUUUCAUCAAGAAGAGUGAGUCCGAAAGUGUCUGAAAUCUCUCGUUCCUACAUGACAUCUUUUUCUAUUUCAUGGGCUAAAUGCUGCAUGUUCAAAUUUGUGCAGCAAUGCCAUUCAAGGGUUUUGCAUAAGCAUGUUAAGGGCUCUUACUUUGCCACCAGGUGAGUGUGAUUGGCCAUUACAAGUCAUGCCAAGAGCUUUCCCUUUAGUGACAUCACAAAGGGGAGUGUCCACCCAGAUGUAUAUUAACAGCUACAUCAAACUGCCAGUUGGUAGAGUCGACUGAUUAGUCUGGCAGGUACAUUCAGCAAUAGGGUAGGUUUUGAAUAGUCUGUAAUGGCUAAUCAACUUCACAACUUGUGGUCAAAUAGGGUCCCUUUAUAUUCUGGCCUCGAUUCUUUCAAGGGCCAAACUUAAGAGCCAUACUCGGCUGCCGACUGAAGAAAUUUAUACAGGUUAAUGGCAGUCUGCUUGGUAAAAUAUGGUUUACCAGUAUUUUAUUUGUUGUGUUAAUUGGCAUAGCGUAAAUGUUCUAGAUUUGCAGCCUACCUCCUGAAAACUCACUUGGUAGGUUUGUUGUGACAUAAUUUUGCGAUCAUAGCUGGAGAAAAAUGUAUAGAUUUAUUACAAAUAAAAGCUUUGAGAAUUCCUGUCUGUCCCGAGUGUUUUUUUUCCAAAACUAGCGAUAAGGGUGCAAACUUAUCAGGUUAAUGCCGCCUGCAACACGCUCAGGGUUUCCGGGAGUUUCGGACCUUAGCUCGGAGGAAAGUCCUUUGAACACUCUGUUGGGUUGGAGAGUUUUAGUAAGUAAAGGCGCGUUUACUCUCCUGGUGAUAACGAGACGGCUCGCCAGUGAUGAUGCUCACGCUUACGCGUGUUCCCGACACCGACCGUUCAUGUGCACUUGGGAAACAGCCGGUUGGGAAUCUAAGAGUUCUUCAUUGCAGGUAUCCGAUAGAAACCAGUCAGAACUAAACGGAACUUAGUAGGAUAAGAUUCAAGUUUGCAUGCCUUUAUUUCCUUGAUGCCCAUCACCUACUAUCCUUUUGCUUUUAUUUAUGAGAAGCAUACAGUAUUGCCACUGUACGGAAGGCAACACUUCCCCUUAUCUAGAGCUGGUGUACCAGUACACAACGUUUAAAACUGAGCAAAGUCAUGC